GCAAACACUCGCUCCCAGCCAUACGCAUGCGCAUUGACAGAUGCCUGGGCAAUUUGUCAGUACUCGUGGGAGAAUUUGGUGUGUAAGAUCACUGUGAUCAUGUCUAUGGAGGGGUCCAGUCAGGCAGCAGUGGCUCCAGACUUUGAUGUAUACGGAGCCAUGGACUGGCAGGACGGGGUGGGCACUCUGCCAGGCAGCCAGCUCAAGUUCAGAGUGAACGAGUUUGGGGUGCUGGAGGUAGUUACAGAUGAGGUGAAGGAGGAUGCGGAGGAAGAAGAGGAGGGGGUGAGGAAGGCUCACGCCACCACCACCUGGGUGGUCCCCAGCUCCCAUGAAGAAAAUAUUCAGAUAAAGGAGGAAGAGGAAAGACCAGACAAGGAGAGAACCGAUAAGGAGAAAGUGGAGGUGGGCCUGUGGGGUCUGGUGUGUGUGCGCUGCAACAGGAAGGGCUCCAGCGUGGACUUUCUGUCGGACGGCCGACACUGUAGCCAGCGCUGUCUGCAGCAGGACCAGCAGGGGGAGGCCAGAACAAAAAAUGAAGAGUCUCUGUCCAAUGGACAGCUGUUGGGUGUGGGACGUCGACGAACCAGCCAACCAGAAAGAAUCCUGGAGAAGAUGGACACCUCCCCUGAUCAACCAGAUGAUGACGAUGAUGAAGACUAUGAAGAGAAGGAGAGUAAGAGGCCUGGAACUCGAGGGGCUCCCCGCGGGCGCAGGAAACGCAGAGGAGAUGCAGCUCUGCUUAGACACACGGUGCCUUAUGGAGGGAAGAAGAAGGUGUGGUGCUGGGCCUCGUAUCUGGAGCAGGAGAGAGCUGUGGCCGCCCCCAACAAACUCUUCAAAGAGCACCAGGCAUUUCCACAGAGCAAGAAUGGCUUCCGGGUGGGGAUGAGGCUUGAGGGGGUGGACCCUGAGCACCCCUCCAUGUACUGUGUCCUCUCCGUGGCAGAGGUGUCCGGACACAGAAUCAGGCUCCAUUUUGACAAGUUCUCAGACUGCUAUGACUUCUGGGUAAACUCCAACUCCUCAGACAUCCAUCCCAUUGGCUGGUGUGAGAAGACAGGACACAAGCUUCACCCACCUAAAGGUGUAAAGGAGCAGGAUUUCAGCUGGCCAGCCUACAUCAAGCAGUGGAAGGCCCAGGCUGCUCCCAAGGCUCUGUUUGAUAACCACAACACGACCGUCACACCCCAGGGGUUCCGUAUUGGGAUGAAGCUGGAGGCCAUUGACAAGAAGAACCCCUCCUUCAUCUGCGUUGCCACGGUUACAGACAUGGUGGACAGUCGCUUCCUGGUCCAUUUUGACAACUGGGAUGAGAGCUAUGAUUAUUGGUGUGAUGCCACCAGUCCCUACAUCCACCCUGUUAGUUGGUGUCAAGAAAACAACAGAAUCCUCACCCCCCCUCCAGGCUACCCCAGCGUGAAGAAGUUCUCCUGGGAGAAAUACCUGGAGGAGACCAGCUCCUCUGCUGCCCCUGCUAGGGCCUUCAAACAGAAGCCUCCUCAUGGUUUCCAGAGGCAGCAGAGGCUGGAGGUGGUGGACAGGAGGAACCCUCAACUGGUCAGGGUCGCCACAGUAACGGACACGGACGACCACAGGAUCCUGGUGCAUUUUGAUGGUUGGCCAGAGGAGCUGGACUACUGGGUGGACACAGACAGCCCUGACCUCCACCCUGCCGGCUGGUGUGCCAAGACUGGACACCUCCUCCAACCCCCCAUCUGUCUACAGGAAGUGUUGGAGUCAUCAGAGCAGGGGGGGUGUCCCACCCCAGGCUGUAAGGGGAUUGGACAUAUCAAAGGAGCCCGCUACUCAGGACACCACAGUGCUGUUGGCUGUCCAUACUCAGACAUCAACCUGAACCGAGACUCCUCCCUCCCGGACCGCCUCAGUGGAGAGAUGCCUGGCUCCCGAUUGGCCCGGACCAGGAGGGCGGAGCCACCACUGCCAAACACCCCACCCACCAACACAGAUGUGGGUACCUUGGCAACCAGCAUGGAGCCGCCAAUCAAGAGGCCUGCGGGCACAGAGCCCAAGAGGAGGGUGGGGCGCCCAUGCAAGCAGAGGAAGGUGGAGGAGGAAGAGGUGGAGAGCGAGGUGUCCUCAAUCACAGAAACGAAAGAGCUAACUCUUCAGCAGGCGCUACAUCAAUCGGUCUUCCUGCCCAGCCCCACCCCUACCCCCUCCCUCAGCCCCACCCCCUCUCCCAGCAUGCCGUUCUGCUGGGACCAACAUAGCAAGCUCCUCCCCACUGUGGAAGGGAUCACUGCUAGCAAGGUGGCAGCCUGGACUGUGGAACAGGUGUCUGAGUUCAUCCAAGGUCUCCCUGGCUGUAAGGAGCACAUACGCACCUUCAGAGAGGAGCAGAUAGAUGGAGAGGCAUUGCUCCUAUUGAACCAGGUGGACCUGCUAAGGAUUCUGGGUAUAAAGUUGGGUCCUGCCAUCAAGAUCUACAACAGCAUCCUCAUGUUCCGCACCGCAGAGGAGAGAGCCUGCAAUGAACUCUGACACUUUCCCUCUACCAAGCCCAGCCAAUCACCAGGCCUGCUGCACUCUGGGCAGCCAAUUAGGAGGGCCUAUCAUUGACUUGCUAACCAAUCAAGAAGCCUGUGGAGACAGGAAGUGAAGCACAAAGAUCCCGCCUGUGUCUCCUGCACAUAUGACUUUAUUUCACAAGUUAUGAUCUUAAAUGUAAUCUAGUGUCUGAUACAGCCAUUAAACCCACUAAGAGGAA